GAAAGCAUUUUCGAACGGAAAUUCAAUACCGACAGUACUGUCCAGUACUGUCAGCCAAUUUCCGAACACGGCCUUUGAGUUCGUCCGUCUAAUAGCAUUUUAUUUCUAUGAGUUUCGUCCACAGUCAUAGUUCUGCAUAGUUUGGCUUCUUCCAUUCGUUUUUGGGUUCGCGUUACGUUAUGUCGAUUGAAUGAUUUUCAAGCGGCUUAAAAUAUAUUAUUCUCUAUCUUUCGCGUCGGUACUUACCGGAAACGGAGUACUUAAGCCGCAGAAUAAUCGUUUACAAAGAUUAGAAGUAUAGGAAGAUGGAACAAGAAUCAAGACGUAAAGGACCUAGAAGCCCUAGCGCUGAUUCAGAAGAUUCUUCUCACAAAAGAAGGUCUAGGAAGUAUGAUCGAUCACCAUCUCCGAGAAGGAACAGAUACCGACGAUCUCGCUCUAGGGACAGAAGAUCGCGUUCAAGUUCUAGAGAUAGAAGAAGAAAGGAUUCCAGUCGUUCGCAACAAGAAUGGGAACAGCAAACCUCACAGUCUCAAACUUCUACUCCGAAUCCAAACAUUUCUGGUGCUUAUGUUACAUCGCUUCAUCAUUAUCAGGCACCUCCACCUCCGAAUACGAGUCAGCCACCACCACCCAUAGCAUCUUACAAUCAAGGAUAUAAUAAUUACAACUACCACUAUGGGCUAGCCUAUGACUACAGUUACCCGCAUUCCACUAGUUAUCGCAGCGAUUACCCAAACUGGCCAGAAAACGAGUUACCCUAUAACAAUCAACAAGCACCUCCACCUCCUACGUUAACAUCUCAGCAAGAAUCAUCGAGACCAGUGGAUAGUGGUUCCUCUGGAUUAGUGUCAUCCUUGGCAAGACCAGAGGAUGCCAAAAAGGAAGCAGCAAUCGCAGCUGAAGUAAAACAGCAAAAAGCAACUCUAGCUAAGCAGCGAGAGGAAUACGUUAAGAAAUCAACCACAUUGCAGUGCGAACUGGAAAUUCUGCGUCAACAGUAUGAUGAAAUUGGUAAAGAGGGUGGACGGGAGAAUACUCGUAUCAUAAAAGAGAAUCAAAAGUUGCAGGUAAAUAACUGUAUCAUCAUUUCAUUUUUCUUUGUUCUCGUUCUUGCGAGUUGCUUAAAACAUUUUAUAAUAAAAAUGGUUCAAAUUCUUAGAUUUGAAUCCAUGAUGAAAAUAAAAUGAAGUGUAUAUCCAGUU